UCGUGUUCUUGAUUAAAGAGGAAAUACUUCCAUCUUAAAAACAUCAAUAGAAAGAACUCACGUAAACACUUAUCCCACUUCUAUCCCUGAGCAUCACCGCCAUCUGAACCGCCGAAGUCUAUCCACCACCGCCAUUUGUACCGCCUUAGUUAGCCGGUCGCCACCCGCAGUAACCACCGCAGCUGAUUGCUGCCCACUGCCAGUUUCAAUGUUAAUUUUUUUUUUCUUAAGGAUGAAGGGAAGGUGAAGAUAGGAAUGAAUUAGCCAUGAAAUUGAAAAGAUUUUAUGCUUGAGAUCCAUCCCCGUUUCUUCCCUAGGCGCCUCUUCUCCGCCUCAUCCAUCAUUUUUGUCACUGCUGCUCCCUUAUGGUUGCUCCAGCCGUCUCGCCUGCUGGUCGCCUUACGUCUGCUCCGGCUACUGUUCUCUGCCUCCAGUCACCUGUUUUAGUGCUGAUAAAUUGCAAUUAACAAAGCAGAAAGAAUGCAAUCCUCUGAAGAAUGGAAGUCAUUAUUUCCAAUUUCAUCGGUUCAUUCCCCUCCCCUCCUUAUCCAAAAUUCUUCAUCUUUGGGCCCACUGUUUUUCAACCCCAUUCCAGAGUCUUCAUCCUUAAUAUUCUCAUCUUCUGAUCUCUCUCCUCCUUUCCUCCCUCCUCCUCCUCACCUCUCCUUACAUAGAUUCCUCCAAACCUCCACUUCCCAUGACUCCUCUGUCCUUCCUACCAUUGCCUCUUCCAUUUCGUCUUCUUUUAACUCUGAAGACAAUCUUAGAAGCUCUAAUGUCCCCCUACGCAAUCGUCUUGAGCCCCUCUACUGCCCCAACAACCAGGCUCUUCUUUUCUUUCCAACAGGUGCUAAUCUGGACUGUGUUGGAUUUCUUGUGCUAUCAGUGAAAGAUUCGAAGUUGAUUAGUACUGAUGGUUCUGUUUUGACUUCCCAGAUUAAGUUUGAUCAUCAGAUUGUUCAACUUACAGCAUGUCCUUCUAGUAAUUGCUCUAUACCCGAAGUGGGUGAUUCUGCUUGUGUUGGUUUUUUAUUGGCUUGUAAUAUGUAUGCUGUAAAUUGGUUCAGUGUUCAAAUUAGUGGGCAUUCUUUAGACUCUGAGAAGCCUGCUUUGGUUUUAUUGGGCAGUAAGAAAUUCACAACUUGUAUGGUGGCUUAUGCUUGUUGGAACCCACAUAUGCACGGGGAGUGUGUGGUACUGUUAGAAAGUGGAGCAUUGUUUUUAUUUGAUAUGGACUCUUGUUUGAAGACAAGAUUUAGAGGGAAAAGAAUUAGUGUUGCAUGGGAUGAGCUGAGUGAGUCAACCAGUAGUGGGUGGUUUAGCUGUGAAUUCAGCUGGCACCCUCGAAUUUUGGUUGUAGCAAACAAUAAGGCAAUUUAUAUGGUUGAUUUAAGAUUUGGUAAAUGUCAGCAGAGGUGUAUAUUGAGACUUGGAGUGAAUGACUUGAACGAUAAGGAUGAAUUUGUUUUAUUUUCGAAGGUUGGAAGUGAUGAUUUUUUAUAUGUAGUGGCUUCUGAGCAAUGGUUAUUCUUAUGUGAUAUUCGCAAACCACUGUCACCAUUGCUGAAAUGGGCUCACCAUUUGCUUGAGCCACGUUACAUGAAUGUGUUGCCUCUGUCUGAGAUGAGGUCAAUGCCACAUGAUGUAAGUGCUGAGGCAUCCGCUAUUAUCCUAGGAUCAUUAUGGAACAACGAGUUCAGUUUUUUCUGUUAUGGGCGUCCCUUUGCUGCUACUAAAAAGUCCUCUGAUGAAAUUUGUAAUUUAUCUAAUUCCUUUUAUGCAUGGGAGCUUCCAUCACCUUUCUUGGUAACUGCUCAUGAUUGCUUCUGUGGUAAAUGCCUUAUAAAGCAGGAGUUUUCAAAGGAUGAUCUCCCUGAAUGGAUCAAAUGGCAACAUAAACGACAAUUAAUUCUUGGCCUUUUCAUUCUUUCAAAGAACCUCUCUUCUUUAUUGCCCAAAAUUGGAGAGUAUGGGGGUUUUACACUUGUUCGAUUGAUGUCCACUGGGAAGCUUGAAUUGCAGCAGUAUUGUGCCUCUUCGAAAAUGGCCAGUAUUUUGACAACACAUGGAGAAAUGAUUCCUCUUAGAGAUUCUCUGUUAUGCUCCAUGGGUGAUGAGAAAUAUAAAUAUCGAAGGAAGUUUUAUUACAUUAAGCUUGAGAAUCUCUAUAGUCAUUUCAGUGAUAAAACUGCUAAAUCAUUGUUCAAAAAAUUUUGCAGUUCGACUAGUGGAGGUUUGAAAGAAUUUUGUAAUGAGCGUUUUGAGAAAUUCAUGAGUGAAAAAUUGAAGCCAUUUUGUGAUCCACCAAUGUGGCACCUUGAUGUUGUUGAUGUUUUCAAGGAUGUCAACAUGCCUACUAGCUUAUAUGAGAUCGUCAGCAGAUUAUUGUGGACUGCAUUACCUAUGAAUGUUUUGAAAGCAGCUUUUCCAGAGCCUUGUGAAGUUCUUGCAAUGAAUUGCAAAAAUGUAUCCCCGGAAUUCCUUGCCAUUCCUGAUGAAAGCCAGUUACCUCCCUUCUUUUUAAGAAAACCUUCUCAGUGUAGUAAUAAACGGUCAAGCAAGGUACAAGAUGAUGAGGAUUUUGUGGGUCCUGUUCUUCCUCUCCCUGCAUUAAUGGUUAUGAAUGAGAUCUCAAGACGUGGUUAUUCCUUUGUGGACGAAGUAAAUGAAUUCUCAACUGAAGAUAAAUUUACUCGUCAAUGUGAAUAUGUUGUACAUUUAACCAAGGAAAUGCGUACUCUUGAUGUCAACAACAAACAGAACAAAGUAUAUAGAGUCUCACUUAACAAAGACUGCGAUGAGACCUGGGUUGAUUCUGCCGUAACAAGACCACUGUUCAUGUAUAAGCCAACUUCAUUCGUGGAUGAAGUUAAAGAACAGAAGGGCUCUGUACUAGAGGAGAGAUACAAUACAAUUGUUGCUAAGUCUGCUGAAGAUGGUGAUUUCUUUGCUGGCCUUUGUCCAAUGGAGCUAAAAUUUGAUUUUGACAGUAAUAUUGAAAAGUUCACGGAUGAGGAAUCAAGUGCCUAUAAAUUGUUGAAGAAACAAUUUUUACAUUGGCAAAAUGGCUUUAUGCCUUAUAAGAAUCUUUGCACGCAACUUCAAGAUCAAUAGCCACAUUCAAGACCCUGGAAGCACUGCUUACUUCAUGUAACAAAGGAUGACUUAGAGUGCAAUUUCAAUGCUUGCCGGUCUUGUGGCUUGGGAAUGUCUCAUGAUCAUCUAUUAUAGAAGCUGUAGCGGAUUAAGGUUAACCUCCACAACGAUGAAGCUGUCUUUGUUGCUCGUUAAGAAAAUGCAGGGAAUGCCUACAACUUGCAAUAAUAAACAAGGUUAGUUUUUCAGCAGCAAACAUGAGUAGCUGAAUUUUAAUGCGACCCCAAUUUGAAGAAAUCAUCCGAAGACACGUAUUUACGAAAACACAAUUUUGAUUUUUGGGUUUACAAAAUCUAAAUUCAAAGGGAAAAAAGAAUCAUACAGUUUGAUGGAUUUUCAAGAUAUGGUAAAAAACUUAAAGAUCUUUGACUCACUCAUGGACAGAUCAAGUUUAUGUCAAAAGACACUUAAAAUAUUUGGUGGCCUCUCUUUGCAAAUUUGUUGAACAUGAGAUCACAAUUCUUCGAACUUGUAAUUAGACCUGUUAAAAUAUCGAUUGAGUGUGUUGUGAAUCAUCUAAUGGGUCAAGGAUCUUUAAUGUAUAAUAGAGUAUCUUAUAUUUUCAUGGCAAAUAUUUUAUUGAAUUACAUUAAAUAUUUUACUAGAUUCUUUCUUAUAUACAGUCCUAAAGGUUAUAUAUAUCA